AUGCCUAAAUCGUCCAAUUUUAGCGAAGAUCGAAUGGCUAAGGCCGUCGCAUUCGCUAUAGCCGAAAAAAAACCGAAUAUCUCGAAAAUUGCACGUGAAUUCGACGUAUCUCGUGAAACCCUCAAUUCACGCAUCAAAAAGGCUAAAUCGUCUCCUACUCCAAAGGAUUCGCAUCGGAACAAUCUCCGUGCGUUCCAGGAGAAGGCCUUGAUCAACUGGAUCGUGAAAAUGCAUAGUUGGAAUCUUCCUCCUACUGCUGCAGUUAUAGAAGCAUAG